AUGUUAAAUAAAGCGACAAUUAAAUCAUCACCUUUUUGCUUCACUUUUCCAAAGAAAUUACAGAAUAAUUACAAGAGGAAAAACAGUGGAAAAGUAAAAUCAGAAGAAAAAGUUGUACGAAUUACUGCUAUUGUGAUUACAGAAGGAGAUGAUUGUUUGCCGAUGAAUUUGUCACAACAAAGAUGA